AUGGUCGCCAUCACAAGCUCCUUGCGGCGGUUGACGCUCGUCUGGCUCUUCGGCCUCUUCACCCUCGGCCUCUUUUUAGUCUUUUACCACGACGCCGCCUGGUCCGCCGCCCGUAACUGGAAGGCCCCCUUCGUCACCGACUCGGGCCUCGACUUCUUCGGGGCCGACGCUCGGAACAAGGUCCGCGUCACCAUCCUCGAGUCCGUCGGCACGCACGAUGAGGUCACCUCCGCCCUCGUCACGGCCUUUGGCGGCCAGCCCGACAUCAGCCUGACCCUCAUGCUCCGCCAGCAGCGCUACAACAUGCAGGACAUCAUGAACUCCUUCAAGUUGGCCUCCCCCGUUUCCAAGAUCCUCUCCCAGGACGACUUCGCUGCCCUGGUCGCCGGCGCCACCCUCCCUCACGUCCUCGUCUCCACCACCUGCGAGCUCGAUCUCGACGCCAAGGCCAAGGAGUUCCGCGACCUGCUCGCCCGGGGCGAAACCUACCUCUUCUGUCUCGUGCACCACGCCGACCGUUGGCGCGACGGCCAGCCCGUCGAUGUCAUCCGCGAGUACCUCGACAAGGGCAUGGCCGACUUCAUCGGCCUCAGCCAGCACACCGUCGACUUCCUGCACCGCGAUACCGCCGAACACUGGGAUCGCGACCUCAACUUCACCGCCCAUGUGCUGCCCCCCGUCUUCCCCGUCAACCUGCCUGACCCGGACCCGGAGGGCCUGUCGCUCGCCAUGCAGGGCGACUACUCGUCCGGCCGCCGCAACUACCAGCACACCUUUGAGCAGCUCGGUCACGUCAUCGGCGAGCUGCGCGCCAAGGCCGGCACCGAGGAGGAGAAGGGCAGGAAGGUCACCCUGCACGUCAUCGGCCACGGCGAGCCCCCCAGCGUGCCCGAGGACCUCCAGAGCAACGUCGUCUUCGACCAGGACCUGUCCUACCCCGACUUCUACCGCACCCUGUCCGGCGCCUUCACCAUCAUCCCCGCCUUCGCCGACGACGAGUACCUCGACCGCAAGGCCUCGUCCACGGUGCCCGCGGCGCUGAUCGCCGGCGCGCCAAUCGUCGCCAGCGAACGCCUCCUGGCCGCGUACACCUACCUGCCGCGCGAGGCCGUGUGGCUGUCGGAGCCCGGUGAGGACGAGAUGGACACCAUCAAGCGCUUCGUCGGCGACACGGCCGGGUACCAGGAGCGGACGGGCAAGGUCAAGGAGACGCGGGAGAGGCUGAUGCAAGACAACAUCAAGAACGUCGGCGAGUGGAUCGGCGCGGCCGUGGCCAAGGUCAAGGCCAUCAAGGAGGAGCAGGAGCUCGCCAAGGGGAAACCAUAG